GUCCUGAAGUAGUCUCAGAAGGUCUUAAAAUUCUCAAAACUGUUUCUAAAGUGAGAACAAAGUAUAAUGGUGUGGAAAUUGAGCUUAUAGAGGGGAAAAUUGGCGGUGCAGCCAUUGAUGAUACGGGUUCACCGCUUCCUGAAGAAACCUUGAAAGCCGCUAAAGAAUCUGACGCAAUCCUACUUGGUGCUGUUGGCGGACCCGCAUGGCCUCGUCCUAUUGAUCCCAAUGACCCAUCGAAAGGUGUUGGCCCUCGUCCAGAACAAGGACUAUUAGAUAUCCGUAAAGCUCUUGAUUUAUAUGCUAACAUUCGUCCUUGCUUUUUUGCGAGUGAUUCGUUAGUUGCAUAUUCUCCUUUGAAGGAAAGUGUGGUUAAAGAUACUGAGUUCAUAAUAAUUCGUGAGCUGGUCGGUGGAAUUUAUUUUGGUGACAGAAAAGAAGAGGAUGAGAAUGGUCAAGCAUUGGAUACCCUACCAUAUUCGGUUGACGAAGUUAAAAGAAUAACUCGCUUGGCCGCACAUCUAGCGCUCGAAAAAAACCCACCGGCAACAAUACAUUCGCUUGACAAGGCAAAUGUUCUUGCCACCUCUCGCCUUUGGCGUCGAGUUGUCACUGAAACUAUUGAGAAGGAAUUUCCUACCGUUCCUCUCAAACAUCACUACAUUGAUGCCGCCGCUAUGUUCAUGGUGAAAAAUCCCAAGUCACUUAAUGGUAUUAUUCUUACUGAGAAUUUAUUCGGCGAUAUUUUAAGUGACGAAGCAAGUGUCAUUCCUGGUAGCCUUGGCCUUUUACCUUCCGCCAGUCUUAGUGGUUUGCCUGAUGGUAAAAGUAAAUGUCUUGGAUUAUACGAACCUAUUCAUGGUUCUGCCCCUGAUAUUGCUGGUCAGGGGAUAGUAAAUCCUAUUGCAACCAUUCUAAGUGUUGCUAUGUUGCUUAGGUAUUCAUUGAAUUUGAGCCGUGAAGCAAAAGCAGUUGAAGAUGCCGUACGAAAAGUAUUGGAUGAUGAGGAGCAAGGUGGUUUGGGUUAUCGCACCAAAGAUUUGAAUGGUGCACAUACUACAGUCCAAGUCGGCGAUAAAGUCGUGGAGGUACUUGAGGGGUUUUUGGAAGGUCUUAAUGCAGAGGAUCGUAUCACUAAUGCAGUACCCACACGUGGUUUACUUCUAAAAAGGCCUUCUGGUCGGCGUG